AUGAAUUGUAUAUCAAGCUCAAAAAAUGUUUCAUCACCUCAACAAAUAUCUACUACAAAUGAUCAGAAAUCGGCAACAUCAAACGUGUUAAAUGGUUAUUUAAAAGAUCAUUUUAAUGUUUCAUUUGUUGACUGUAAAUGUUGUUGUGAUGCAAGUAAAGAAAUUUCCAAAUGUCAAAAUGGUUCAUUAGAUUUUCUACGCGAUAUUCAAGAAUAUAUUACAAUGCCUGAAUAUCGUCUGAAUUGUCAAUGUGUUUGCGGUGAUAAUGAACAAAAUAAUGCACCGAUAAAAUUCGGACUCAAUCUAACACCAGCUAAUGAUUUAAAAUAA